AUGACUGAGAGCAUCAUAGGGAGAGGCACGGCCCUGCUGUCGAACAACAUAGUGAUCAUCGCCGGGGCUACGUUCCUAGCAUGUAUUCUGUACCAAUUCAUCUACCAGCCUUUAUACGCAACUUCUCUUGGACAGAUUCCAGGCUCGAAAAUAUUUUCAGCAACUAAAUGGCGGCUAGCCCUUGCUGAUUACCAAGGAAUUCGGACGCAAACCAUCCACUCGUUGCACCGAGAAUACGGAACUGUCGUGCGUAUUGGCCCCAAUGAAGUCUCCUUCUCAUCUUUGAGUGCCUUGAGAACAAUCUAUGGGGCUGGAUCUGGGUUUGAAAGAACAGUGUUCUAUCGGAUGUUUGAUGCCUAUGGACGUCAGAAUCUCUUUACCUUUGCUGGAACCAAAGAGCAUGCGGAAAGAAAGAAGCUACUUGCUCAUGCUUACUCAAAAAGUGUGAUACUCUCACCUAAUGCAAUAGCAAGACCGUUGAUCGAGAAAAACGUCAACAAAUACCUUGAACUUUUGGAACGCGAAAAAGAUGUGGCCGAGGAGAUAUUCCAGAGCUUGCAUUGGCUCAGCUUGGACAGCAUCACCGGGUUCCUCUACGGAGAAAAAUAUGGGGGAACACAUGCAGUCGCGGGGAACAAAGAACAUAGGCAACUGAUCGGCGAUAUCAUUGAUCCCAGUCGGCGAAAGCUGAGCUGGUAUGCUACACAUCUGAAGAGCUACACAAAGUGGCUUUAUACCCGAACCGGAAUGAUGGAGAGACUUAUUACCAGUCUGGGUCUACUGCCCAUGGAAAAGCCUGCCACAUAUACUGGCAUUCGAGCACACGCACUCCAGUCAUGGACGGCUUUCGAGGCUGCCGCUGUUGAGAGGCCCCCAUCUCAAGAAUUCGCCAUUAUUGAAAAGCUUUGGAAACAGAGCAGAUCAGGCAAAGGAGCCCGUCUUGACGGUCUUGAUAUGGCUUCCGAGCUGGCAGAUCAUUUCCUCGCCGGUAUAGACACCACAAGUGACACGCUGAUGUUCACGAUUUGGGCCCUCUCUCGGGAAGAAAAUCGAAAAUACCAAGAGAAGUUGAUCGAAGAGGUCGAUAAGAUUUCCGAGAUGGAUUGCAAUGAUGACGGUAACCCCACUGCGGAAGCUGUAGACAAACUUCCAUAUCUUGACGCUGUCAUCAAGGAGACCCUUCGACUCUAUGCCCCCUUACCAGCGUCUGAGCCACGGUCGCUACCGAUUGACACAACAAUUGACGGAUAUCUGAUUCCUGCGGGAACGGUCGUGAGCAUGUCGCCAUAUACGCUUCACCGCAACCCAGAAGUAUUCCCAGAGCCUCUGAAGUUCAAGCCUGAGCGCUGGCUAGGCGAGUGUGGUGAUUUGACUGAGAUGAAGAAAUGGUUCUGGGCGUUUUCCAGUGGAGGACGAAUGUGCAUUGGCCUGCACCUUGCCAUGGCAGAAAUGACAACUUUGCUUGCAGCCAUCUACAGGCGGUAUUCGACCAGUGAGUACAAGCGGCAAAGAGGAACAACUCCAGUUAUCACAAGCCGGUUCGAGGUUUUCUACGAUAAGACUCUACCAAAAGCUGAGGUGAGCACACACUUUGGCUUGAAUAUGGACGUCUCCAAAACUGACUCUCUCUAUCUCAACGCAGGAGCAUGA